ACGAAAAAUGGUGGCGGCGAAUCUGAAAGCGGAGACUUUAGGUCUGAUGGACAAGAGGAGUGCUCUGGAGGCAGAGAUGAACGCGAUCAUCGAGCGUCUUACUCAGCCCGGCGGCCCUGGACUCUCCGGCAACCUCCUCAACUUCGAGGGGUUUCCUCGCGAGGAUAUUGAUAUCCCAGCUGUGCGAGCUGAACGACGUCGUCUUGCUGAAUUGAAAAAUGACCAUAAAGAGAUUACGGAGAAAUUGGACCGGAAUUUACAAGUUCUGCAUUCCGCGAAGCUUGCUCCGAAAUCAUCAUCCCUCCAACCAUCAGAUGGGCAGAGUGGCUCAGUUGUCAGUGUUGGAGAAUCUGCUUCUUCGACUAAUGUUGCUUCGGAUGUCAUGGAUGUGGAUGUGAGUGUACCCUUUGCAUUGGUUGAUGAGAUAGCUGAUGCGUCACCAGCAGCAGAGGAUGGUUUGCAACUUGGAGAUCAGAUUGUGAAAUUUGGCAAUGUGGAAAAUGGUGACAAUUUGUUGCAGAAACUCGCCUUUGAGGCUCAAACGAAUCAGGGUUGUGCUGUACCUGUAAAGGUCUUAAGGCAAGGUGCCCGAGUGAAUUUAAUGGUGACUCCUAGAACAUGGCAAGGCAGGGGUCUACUUGGAUGUCAUUUCCAGAUUUUGUAAGCAGUUGCCGAAGCCAGAAGACUGAAUACAGUUAUUUUCUUUCGAUCAUGACCUUAUAAAGUCCCAAAAUGUAGCCAAUCUAGGCGUGUUUCAAUUAGUACUUUCUUCCUUUUGGGCAUCUAGAUACCUGUUGUAACGUAGUUUGGUUAACAUACAAAAGCCGUGAGAUUAUUUGCCUAUUUUGGCAAAAGUACUUGAUGACCUUCUACUCAAUUUUAAAGUCGACUUCCUUCAGUU